AUGCAUCAUCCUCGCCACAGUUCGUGCAGCUCUCAAUAUGUUGAGAUUCAAGGACCAAGUGACACUCAAAAUCCCAUUCCACAUAUGAACUUCUCUCGACUGCCAUUCAUCAGAUCUAACCUUCUUCCUGGCAUUCCUAUCGAUGUCAAUGUGUUGUCUUUCUUGUGUGGCUACACCCGCAUGGUUUGGGCCGUCAACGUGCACGAAUUAGGUCCAUUUUCCUCAUCCUAA